AUAACAUUGUAACCGCACUAAGUUACCAUGUCAGCUAAUUACAUACCUAACUAUAAAUAAGCAAGUACAACAAAACAAUAGAUAUAUGUAGAUAGCUCUCAUCAGAACAAAUUGUAGUUACAUCUCUACUUAUAAUUAUAAGUGGUUAGUGUAGCAAUAUCUACUCCAGGUAUUAUAGUAACUUAACUAGGUGGAACAAGAUACCAAGAAAAUGAUUUAUAUAUUGCAAGUCUGUAAAUGCUGUUUGACUCUGAUACUCUCUCUGAUGGUGUUGAUUCCCACCGUUCAGACUGAGCAGCCAUUGAGACUGCUCUCACUACUCCCCUACCCCAUCCCCAGGACUGGACAGCCUCAACCAGCCUUUGAUGAAGGGCCAGCUGUGUACUUAGCCUCACAGUUAGCAGUGGAAGCAAUCAACAACAGAACUGACAUACUGCCUGGGUACACAGUGGAGCUAAUACAGGGAGACUGUGGCUGCGAUUUAGUCAACACUUUGGUAAUAUCUUUGUUUGAGCAUAUUAUCUACAACGAGUUGAAUGUUCACGGUGUGGUGGGUCCGGGGUGUUCGGAGUCAACCCUGUUCCUGGGCAGGCAGAUAGCACAACCUGCGUUGGAAGUGUUGUCUCUGAGUCUGGCCGGUUCAGAAGAAUUGGGUGAUCGUACAAUCUAUCCAAACUCUUACAGUGCUAUUGACUCUGCUGAAGUGUAUGUCGAAGCGAUCGAGGCAGUUGCCAAAAGUGGAGAAUGGGUAAAUGUAUUCGUAUUUCAUGAUUUGUCGAGGAACUUUUAUACGUCUAUUCGAACACAGUUGGAGUGCACCAACAGUACAACUCAGUACCACUUCAUCAGUUUGUUUGAUGGAAAUCUCCGCUAUCCUCCUGAUUUUAGCCUUCCCCGUCAGUGCAAGUCAGUCAGCCGGAUCGCACUGUUUCUGGCGAGCGCUGAUGUUAUCAGUGAACUCAUCUGCUUGUUUACCUUUACCGAAAGAUUUCAGGACGUGGUGUACCCAAAUUUUCAAUUUGUCAUCGUCAACCGUACUCCACAGUCUAUCAUUAAAGACACUUCAUUUCUUUACGAGAAUCAAACUAUCAAUUGCACGGCUAAACAAAUUUCCGAUCAUUUACAUGGCUCUGUAUUUCUCGAGUAUCGUUUUACUCCGUCUAACCCCAACGUUACCACGGCUACUGGUAUGACUUAUACUGAAUUUGAAGCAUUGUACAAUCAACAAGUAAAAGAAUUCAAUAACAAUAACACCAGUGAUGAUGAAGUCCUGCCAAGUGUGUGGGCGUCGGUCUACUUUGACUCCACUUGGGCACUCGCUCUAGCUCUGAAUAAUUCCAGAAAUGAACUGAUGGCAAAAAUUGGUUUAGAGCUCUCAGAGUAUCGACCAGGACAUUCAAAUGCUACAGCUAUUAUGAGGAAGGAACUUGAACGGCUUGAAUUCAAUGGAGUCUCUGGCAAGUUUGCGAUCGGGAGUAAUGGUUUUGUGAAGCGUUUGGUAGAUAUUCGCCAGUUUAUGAAUGGAACUUUUCAACGACAUGAUUACUACGACAGCUCCACUGGGAAUAUAAGUAAUUUUGAACACGAAAAGGGGGGAGUUGAAUACAUCAAAUGGAACUUUAUCGAAGUGCUUGUGUCUGACCCGGUCAAGGGUGCCCUACUGAUUUGCUUGGUCCUUUUUGUGACACUAACGAUAUUUGCGAUACACGUUGUGAGUACCUUGAACACUAACCAUCCGUCCAUCAAAGCCACCAACCCCAAGUUAUACCACUUUGCAUAUGUUGGUACCUACGUCCAAUCCACUGCCACUAUCAUCUACAUUGUGGGGGACACUCUGGGUUUGAUUCCUUACAUCUCUCACUGUUUUCUACUACAUUUCACCGUGGUGGCCAUCAGUACUGGUUCUGUUCUUGUGUUUGCUUCUUUGACGGCUAUCUCGUUUCGUAUCUAUCGCAUCUUUGUCCAUUACAUGCAUCCUGGUAUGUUGAUCCGUGAUGGUUUUCUACUUGGCUUCAUCAUAGUGACAACAAGUGUGUAUUUUAUCUGUUACUUUGUUGUCAGUUUGGUUUAUCGACCAGACGAAUCUCGAGUAUGUGUUAGUACCCAAGGAGAUACAGUUACUCAGCGUGCUAUUUGCCACUACCGACUUCCCCAGUGGAUACUAGUAUCUCAAAUUAUCCCUAUUCUCAUAACUGUACUGGCUGUUGCGUUUUCGUUGCUCAGUUUCAAGAAGGUGACAAUUCAACAGUUCAAGACUAACUCCAUCAUAAUUGUUUGUUUCUUCUCCUUUAUUAAUACGGGAGUUUGGAUUCUAUAUUACGAAUUUCAAGUGAUUGGUUCGUCUACUAACCCGUCGCUAGGGCCUGUGGUGGGGAUCACUGGAGCCAGUCUUGUGGUUUGCCUCCUGUUCCUGUAUCUACCGCCAUCUCUGCCUGUGCUAGGGGACUACUAUCAAGCCCAUUUAAAGAAGUAUCGCUCUCCUUGCUGCCUUAAGAUAACAAAUGGAAUGUGUGCCCACAACAAAGACAAUGCUAACAGCAACACUGAUGAUGCACUCACUACGGAUGAUGUCAUGACCACCACUGAUUCAAUGCUUUAUAAAUAUUCAUACUCCAAAUCUCAAGACGAUGCUAUAGCGAUUAACGACCUUGACCCUGUGUGUUCCCCUAGGGCAAAUGUGCAAACUACUGAUGAUGUCAUGACCACCACUGAUUCAAUGCUUUAUAAAUAUUCAUACUCCAAAUCUCAAGACGAUGCUAUAGCGAUUAACGACCUUGACCCUGUGUGUUCCCCUAGGGCAAAUGUGCAAACUACUGAUGAUGUCAUGACCACCACUGAUUCAAUGCUUUAUAGAUAUUCAUUCUCCAAAUCUCAAGACGAGACUAUAGCGAUUAACGACCUUGACCCUGUGUGUCCCCCUAGGGCAAAAUGUGCAAAUAACUGUUUGUGAAGUAUAACAAAAGACAAUUAUAGCUAGCUACCACCGCCACAUAGCUAGCUAUACAUGUAUGUGUGGUCAUGCCUAGCUUGGUCUCAUGUACGUAUAUAUUAUUAUUAUGUUAACAGUAAUCAUUUUCAAUUUUCAAUUAGUUUCAGCAAUAAUUAUUAUAUUCAACAA